CUAAGCAAUGAUGCAUUUCCUCUUUUGCUGACUCUCGUAGUGUGUGGUUGGACGGGUUUGUUGGGGGAGGGAGAAAGGGAAGGUAGAAAGAGGUUGGUUGUCACUGAGAAGCCCCGGACACAGGAAGGCUAACCAUCCCUCACUUCAUUCAACUUGUCCUCAUAUGGAUUGGUCUCCAAGCCUUUGACCAUCUUCUGUCAGGAGAGUUGGUAAAGGUUCAUAAGGAAGAAGGCUGGUAAAGGUCGAGGAGAAGAUGAGAGAGGAGGAAGGAGGCUGGUAAAAAGGAUGAGAAAGCAAGGAGCUAGGAAAGGGAAAUCUCCAGAGACCAAGCCAGGUUUCUGCCUUCAUUCAGGCUCAACCUUUCUGCUGCCCUCAUCCUGGAGGCACCCUGCCUCUUCCCUACCCGAAUGGUGCUACUUCCUGCUGACCCAGGAUCCAGGCCUCCUCUGUUCCCUACCUCAGAGCUGGUGUUCCAAGUCUCUCCUAGUGGAAGGACCCUUACCAGGAAACAAGGACUUUCCCCUAGACAGUAUUUCUUUAAACUAAGAAACCUAUUUACCGGUUUAAAUUUGACCCUCUAACCCUCGUUUUACCCUCUUUGAGGACUCAAGAGCUCUCAUCCUUUUACCUCCUUUCUUCAUCCUUUGAGGAGAAACUUCUCUGUAAUAGCUCUAGCUUGCAAGGGUCCCUGGUCCCAACAUGCUAGUCUGUUUUUGUGAAUAGGGCCUUGCCUAUUUCCUGGUUGGCAUGGCUGAGCCAAGACAGGUUCCAGGUGGCCGGGAGACUCCACAAGGGGAGCUUCGGCCAGAAGUUGUGGAAGAUGAGGCCCCUAGGAGUCCAAGUCCAGAGGAAAUGAGAGGAGGAAGAAGCAGCAGUAGUAGUGAGACAAAGUUAUCUCCUAGAGAGGAGGAGGAACUGGAUCCUAGAAUACAGGAGGAGCUAGAGCACUUGAACCAGGCCAGUGAGGAAAUCAACCAAGUAGAGCUACAACUGGAUGAGGCCCGAACCACAUAUCGGAGGAUCUUGCAGGAGUCAGCUCGAAAGCUCAAUACACAGGGCUCUCACUUGGGAAGUUGUAUUGAUAAGGCCCGACCAUAUUAUGAGGCACGAAGGCUGGCCAAGGAGGCUAUGGGAUUGCCGUCCUCUUGGGGCAGACAUAGGGGGAAUCUCUACCAUAUCUACCUUUCUCAUGACUGGCUCUCCCUCAGCCAGGAUUUUCUUGGUAGGGGAAGUCUGGGCCCCUCCUGUGACUGCUCCCCACCCUCCCUCCAGGCUCAGCAGGAAACACAGAAAGCAGCUCUGCGCUAUGAACGGGCGGUGAGCAUGCACAACGCUGCUCGAGAGAUGGUGUUUGUGGCAGAACAAGGUGUCAUGGCUGACAAGAACCGGCUUGAUCCCACAUGGCAGGAGAUGCUUAAUCAUGCCACUUGCAAGGUGAAUGAGGCAGAGGAGGAACGUCUUCGGGGAGAGCGGGAGCACCAACGGGUGACCAGACUGUGCCAACAGGCAGAGGCUCGGGUACAGGCCUUGCAAAAGACUCUUAGGCGGGUCAUUGGCAAGAGCCGUCCAUACUUUGAGCUAAAGGCCCAGUUUAACCAGAUAUUAGAGGAACACAAGGCCAAGGUGACUGGGCUGGAACAACAAGUGUCUCAGGCAAAGACCCGCUACUCAGUUGCCCUGAGAAAUCUGGAGCAGAUCAGCGAGCAGAUCCAUGCCCGCCGCAGGGGUUUGCCUCAGGCCCCAGUUCACAGGCGCUCUUCCCCUGUAGGGGCUGAGGCUGGACCUGAGAGUGGGGAUAGUGGAGACAUCAGGGUUGAAGGGGCAGAGGGUGGGUAUCUGGAGGAGAGUGGGGCCCUUGAACCUGGCCCUGCCCCUGAUACCUUGAGUCUCCUGAGCCUUCGCACUGUUGCCUCAGAUCUACAGAAAUGUGAUUCAGUGGAGCACUUGAGGGGCCUCUCAGACCAUGCCAGUUUAGAUGGCCAGGAGCUAAGCCCUGAGGGUGGGGGAGAUAGAGGGAGUGGGAAUCGAGGUCGUCACCAACGAAGCAUCAGCUUAUAGCCCUCACUUUCCCAAAGAGUUGGAAGUGUCUCCUCUUUUUGUUCCUAUUCCUCUUCUCACUCAGGGGGUUCUUAUAGACUCUGUCUCACUUUUCUCUUUUAGUGCUUCUUCUCUAUUUUGAAAAGCCCCUUACAUCUAUCUCCUCUGUCUCUCUGAUGCUAUCUUCUUUUUCUUUCCUCAUAUACCUGUCUCUUCUUUCACUGUUGGAGGUUUCACUUCUGCCUUAUUCUGCUCUUACUCCUCUUUCUUAGCCUGGAUCCCUCUAUAGAUUCUCUGUCUUCUUCUGUCUUCAUGUUUUUAUUUCUACCUGGAUUUCUGUCCAUCUUUGACCAUUUUUGUCUGUCUCUCACUCACUCCCUCUCUCAUUCCCCUCAGGGAAUUCAGUCCAGAAGGAACAGGAUGCUGACCAGGGGAGGAGUGCUUUCAAUAGAACUCUAAGUUGCUCUUCUCAUUUUCUCUACUCCCCCAGCCCAGUCCUACAUCCUCCACAGGCAUCUUUCCCCUCUUUGAGGUUCUCUUAAUAAGACCCCCAAUGCUGCUGGACUCUACUGGGGAUUCUUAUGUUUUUUGCCCUAUCCCAAAUUGCCUGGGUUGCAAUCCUACAUGUAAUAAGUUCAUUUAUUCAAGAUACCUUUCCCCUAAUUUUUAGUGACUAUUCCCUAACUCAAAAACAGUCAAAUCUUACAGGUUAAUGGGAAAGAAGUCAGAUUUCCAACCCUUAUCCUCCCUCCCUCCUCCAACCCAUAUUAGCAGUGACACUCUAGGUUUCCAGUGAGUGGUCCAUGUAAAUAAUGUUCCCAUAGAUAGCCUUUUCCCUAGUUGACUUCUGAUUCUUUUAAGAUUGAGAAGGUCCUAUGGAGUCUCUAAUUUAAGAGAUCAAUUUGGGAGGGCCUGGAGUGAGUUGUCCAAACUUUAAAAUAGAUGACUUCUCUCCAUGCUCUUGUUGUCACCAUCUUUUACCUUGUCAAGUGGAUAAUGACUGGGUCCCAACAUAGUGAAUAAAGGAUAGAAUUAUGAAUUACUGUUCCUCAUUUUACCAUCUCUCUCACAUCGUGGGUAUGGAAAUUUGGAUACUUUGGGGAUCGAUAUAAGUCCUCUCUCCCCUUUCUCCCUUAUCCUCCUCCUAUAUAAGUUUCUAUAUCCUUCUAGGAGUUUCUUGACUUGGCUGCUAUACUACUCUCUUUCCUUCCCCACCUCCUCCACCGCUACCAUAGAAGACAAUAAGAUCUGGCAAUGAAAGCCCCUUAUCUCCCUCGAAAUCAGAGACUAGGAAGGUCUGUCACACCCCAGGCUGUGUGUGUGUAGGGGGAGGUUAUUUCCUUAUCUUCCUACUAUCUAGUAUACAUGAAAAGUUGUUUCUUUUGACAAGGGACAUAGAGAAAUCCAUUUGCCUUUGCUCUCAUCUAUCUCACCUUAUCUGUCUUUCAUAGGUACUCUUCUACCCCUACCCAACCCCCAAUAAGCUCAUCUCUGCAUAUGUGUUUUUUGGGAGAAUAUAAGGUUUACAUUUUCAACUCCUGUCUUGUGUGUCACUUUUCCAGGGCAGAGUAAAACGGUCACGAUGAAAACCAUUGUGUUUGAGGUGACUCUUGGGUGGAGGUGGAAGGAGGAUGGGGAGUGUGUGAGAAUGAAGGGGCAGGUUGAUAGGAUUUUAUUUAAAUAAAAAGUACAAAUGCAA